AUGCUUAAAAUCUAUAAACAUUUAAUAAUUAAGCAAACUGUGACCAUGGCAUAAAGCCUUUAAUAAAAGUUUUGUCUACACAAAUAACAUAUAAGUAUUGCUAAUUAGAAUUUACAUUCCAGUGUAACAAUGUAAUAUUUAAAUCCCGACUGCUAAUCUUUUAAUUUAUUUGAGCAUAAUUUAUUAGAAGAAUAAUUAUCUAGGUCAUCAUAAUAACAUUCUUUUUUAAUUGCCAUUGAGCAUAAAUGA